UUAAAUCAGAAUCUCACAGUGAAUUCAGAUUGUGAUUCUUCGAUGGCAUCAUGGCACACUGGCCACAAACCCAUUCAUGUGAGACAAAAUCCAACUAAUGACUCAGUUGUUACUGCACGACUGAAUAAAAAAGUCCCCAUCUAGUGGUCAUAAAUGAGACGCGCAUGGUGACUGUGACGCCCAGUGACCCCAUUACAUUGUGCUGUAUUUUGUCUGCUGUCAGUGAACCCUCCAGAACUUAAAGCUACAGCACUUCUUUUGGAAUUGAAUGCAACGUACCAGGACUGCCACUAAUAUUUGAAGUUUCAAGCUUUUAGCGUGACUCUGAAAUCAUCAUCAGAAGCAGGUAGAUGUGUCAGUAACACUAGAAAGUAAACAUCAGGUGUGGUUAAAAAAAAAAAAAAAAAAAAGACUUGACUUGUCCUAGCAGGAAUAGACAGGUGUUACUAAUAACACUUAACUUGCCAUAAGCAGAUAUGAAUCUUUUCUGAACAGUGGGCAAAAAGCGUCCACGGAACUGAAUGAUGUGGAGAGCAUUGUGCUGAAGGUCUCUCUUACCGGUUAGGCCUGUGCAUGUACAUAAUAUCCUUUAAAAGGUGCAGUCAGCGAUUCUAAUGCAAUUUUUGGCAAAUUCAGCGAAAAUCUUCUCACAGUGUGCUUGUGCUCAGUGUCAGUGGGAGCGAGGGGGACGGUAAAACGUUUUCUUUUUUUCAUUUGUGUGGGUGUUGAGUUCAAAUAUCAACACGCUUUCUCCAAAAUCACUGACUCUCCCAUGCACACAAUGCUUGGCGAUCAAGUCGUGAGAACAGCGCCGGUAGGUCAGACAUAUACAAUAAUCUAUCAAAUAUGGACGACUACAAUGACAAUAGAUUCAUUUAUUAUGCAUCGGAAAAAAAGGUAUUUCCAUGGCCUCCGCUAUUUCUGACAGACAUAACAUAUUUUAGCCUAACCAGUGUGAACACCUGCUAUUUAUUAGCUGAUAGUGGUUUUAAUUUUUUUUAAAAGAAAGCUUGAAAACAGCAAACACAGCAGACUUUUUGGGGGCAACUCCUGCUGCUCUUAGAUGUAAAUCAACUGUUUUAUCAGAUUUAUUCCAAACAAACUUUUCAUAAUUGUCGCUAUUGAUGACUGAUCAUGUUCCUGAUUAAAAAAGCUUCAACUCUUCAUAUGUAGUGAUCUGUGUUCAAGGGUCAUUUAGUGCAAUGCGCCACCUGCUGGCAGCAGAAGAGAAGUGUACUUUACUGAGUCAUUUGAAAAUGAAUGUAAUUCUGGAUCGCUGCACGCCAUUAAGCCUUGUUUGCUGCUCAUAUCAAGGUGUUUUAAAUGCGCUAUAGACAUACAGCAUCUCUGCUAUGGCUGAAGAAGCAGGUCCACCUGCCAUUACCAAGUGCUGCGAGUGUGGGAAAACAACAAUGCGCAAAGCCUUUGGCAAUAAACCCGGAUGGCACUAAUUUGAAUCCAGGUGAAGCGGAUUACCUGCAGUUAGAUUAGCUGGUUUCCUGAUACUGUUGGCAGAAGUUAUUAAGUAACUGAGGCUGCAGUGAACAAUGUGGAUUAUCCUCUACAGCGUGCCUGUCUUUCGAAAAUCUUGAAAUUAAUAAACACCUCGGUGACACGAGCCGUGGGGUAUUGCUAUAAACCAAAACUCUGUGAAAAAUAUUGCGAUUUAACGUGGAGUGGUUGUACUGGGGGGGAAUGGCUAACUGCAAGCUUGCCUGGGCUUUUUAAAUAAUAUGUUCGUGUGUGUGUCGACAUGAUAACAGUAGCUAGUCAAGAACAGGCUUUCGGGAUCUCGAGCGUUUUACUGGGAGGAUUACCUCACGUGAGAGCAGCAGGGCAACGUGGUAUAAUUGGGCAAACAUGGCAACCCAAACUACAAAAUGGAAAAUGGAGCAGUAUAAAAGCAAGUUAAGGUAUGUACCCACAUGGGAUUGUCACCUGUGUGAAUUGUGAAACAGCGCACUAACAUAAUGUCAGAUUGUAAAAUCCUGUUAUAUCUUGUUUUUUAGUUUAUUUAUCUGAGCUAUGUUAGUAGUUGCCCCACCAUCGUUUCCACCUUAAACGAGUUUGCUACACCAUCAAAAAGAGACUUGACUUCUCACCGAACAGGUCUCUGCAACGUGCUGCAACAAAGUUAAACACGUCUAUUGCAGCUUCUUCACCUAAACUGCACAAAGUAAAUCUAUUAGCCGCCCACCAUCCAGCUCAUCAUCCUCUCUUCUGUCACUCAUCUAUAUGCAUCUUGUGGUUGUGUUCAUGUUCACUAUAGCAUGUUUUAUUUUAUAAAUGUUUGAGCAGGUUUUUUUUUUUCCAUAAUAUAAGUGUGAGACUACAUUAAUGGAUCAACCUUCUAUUUGUCUUUCCAUUGUUAAUAUGAGGGACAUUAAAGGACUGUGGUGAUGGGAGCUGCUGUAGUAUCUUAAUCAUUUAUACCACCUGCCUGAAAAUGAUUGAUUGAAUGUAAAUGAACACAUUGCACAACUUAAAUCAUAAUUUGUACUCAAAGUACUACAUAGAAUUGCUUUAAGGCAGAAAUUACCUGAUUUUAAAUAAUAUUUUUUACUGGAAAUGUGUUUUUGAUAAAUCCUUCUGUCUAUUAUGCUGAUGGUAAAGCCACUGAAACGACUCAAAAUGAGAUCAGAGUUUACAUUUUAGCACUGAUCUCUGCUAAAUGCACUUUUCCAGCCAUGGCCAUGGGGGACGCCUAUUGCAGGCCAUGGGUCUACUGUAUGUGUGGUUGUGCUGCAUUUUGAAUUAAAAGCCCCGUGUCAUCAGUAUUACCGAGUUGUGUGCAGCGCUUUGACAAUUUUGUGUUUUCAGCAGAUUCCCUAAAACACAAAACUCAUCCUCUGUGAUUGGUUGUGGCUCAGCAUGCUCCAUUGUUCCAUCAGCCCGUUUGUUCGCUUGGUUUCCUACACACAAACAAAACUUUCCUGCCUGCCCUGCGCAAUAUUGGGCUCCUCUGUGCUUUGAUAACCCGAAAUAUUGGAAUCUCUGUCUUUUUCUGAGGGAAGAAAGAUAAAGUCAGUGUUUUUUGGCAGGAUGUACAGCUUCAUGGGAGGUGGUUUGUUCUGCGCCGGAGUCGGGAACAUACUCCUCAUUGUCUCCACAGCAACUGACUACUGGAUGCAGUACCGUCACGCCAGCAAUUACAUGCACCAGGGCCUGUGGCGGUACUGUGUGCCCGGGAAAUGCAUGACACACACAGACAGCAUCGCGUACUGGGAUGCCACCCGGGCCUUCAUGAUUCUUUCCCUGCUGGCUUGUUUCAUUGGCAUUGUGAUCGGCGUCAUGGCCUUCAUCCACUACUCCUCCUUUGACGGGUUUGACAAGACAUUUGCAGCUGGCAUCUUCUUCUUCAUCUCCUGCUUCUUUGUGUUGCUGGCCAUGGCUGUGUACACAGGAGUGACGGUGAACUACUAUGGUAAACGAUACGGCAACUGGCGAUUCUCCUGGUCCUAUAUAAUGGGCUGGGUGUCAGUGGUGCUCACAUUCUUCUCAGGUAUCUUCUACAUGUGUGCCUACCGGAUGCAUGAAUGCCCAAGAAACUCUAACUCACGCUGACCUGCCAAAGACUUCAACAUACACACAUCAGCACUGGUCCAUGAUAUAUGGCCAAGACGACCCAAUACUCUAUAAACUUUCCAACUACUUCCUGUUGAAUAUUCAUGAAUAAGCAAAAUAAAUGAUGAAGAAUGUCUGUAUUGUCUCUCUACAUUAAUAUAACUUUCAGAAGAGGUGUACAAUGUUGUACACUAGGG